CAGAAGAAAAGGAAAAGCCGAGGGGCAAAUUUGUACGCGACCACCGCUCCUUCCUUUCUCGUCUCCCUCUUUCCAUCCUUUCCUUCCUUCUGCCUCGCGCCUCCCUCCCAAUCCCAAAUCCCAAUCCUUCCUUCCGCCGCCGCAGCUCGAUCCGACGCCGCGCCGGAGCCGCUCCUGGUGCGAGGAGGAGGCGGCAGCCCACACGACCGAGCCACCGAUCCCUUAUAUGUAAUGGACGCCGACGAGCCGCCAGAGCCCACAAAAACCAAGCGCGUCCGGCUCCCACCCCCGCCGCUGCCCGUCUAGCUAGGGUUUCCGGUUGCUUCUCCCUUCGCCUCCUCAUCGCCCGGCGAGCGGCCCCCCGACCAUGGGCUGCGCGCCCUCGCACGACGCCUUCAAGGCCACCGCGGCCGCCGCGGCCAGGGAGACGCUGCGCCGGGCCACGACGGGGGCCGCCGCCGCCUCGUCCUCGCGGCGGGCGCGGGGCCCCGCCGCGCAGUGCCGGCAGCGGGUGGCGCUGAUCCGGGCCGCGGCGGACAGGCGCUUCGCGCUGGCGGCGGCGCACGCGGCCUACUUCCGCUCGCUCGUCGCCGUUGGCGGCGCGCUGCGGCGCUUCGCCGCGGCCGCGCUGCUCCCGGCCACCCCCGACCCCGCCGCCUCGCCCGUGCUCACCCUUCCGCCGUCCCCCGACGCCAAGCCGCCGCAGCCCGCCGUCGCCUCCUCCUCCGCCGCCGCCGCGUCGAGCCUCCCGCCGUCCCCGGACUCCUCCUCCUCCACCGUCUCGCCCCUCUCCCACUCCCUCUCCGACUCCGACGACGACGAGAACGAGCACCUCCACGCGCUCGGCGCCGCCCCCGACACGACGCAGCACCACCGCCACCACAUGAGGAACUCCGCCACCGUGCCCACGGUGGUCUACGAGGACCCCUACGCCGAGUACGCCGAGGGCGCGGCCAGCUACGGCUACGGGUCCGCCUACACGUACGGCCCCUACGGCGAGCCGGUCGCGGAGGAGGCGAGGCCGCGCGGCCCGCCGCCCACGCCGCCGCCCCCGGAGGCCUCGCCGUGGGACUUCUUAGACCUCUUCACGCCCACGCCCUACGACCAGUUCCUGGAGGACUACCCGCGCGGCAUGCCCGGCGAGACCGCCGACGCGAAUCGGAAUCUGCCCACCAGCAGCCCCAAUUACGCCAAUUACGCCGAGCUGAGGAGGAUGGAGGGGAUCCCGGAGCUUGAGGACGAGUCUAAGCUGGAGCCGUCAACCUCGGCCGUCGUUCAAGAUCAGAACGUGAAGGGGAACAGACCAGCUCCUGGUCCUGCCACCAAUGCCGCCCCUCCCAAGGGCACCUCCUCCACUGAGGUGAAGCUGCAGAGCAAGGGAUCACCUGGUGCCAAUGCUGAGGCGAAUAAGCCGCUCUCAAGGAACGAUUCAGUGCCGAGCAAUGCCGGCUCCGAUACGAACAGCAAGAAAGGGGGCAGGAGCGAUGCAGUGAGCUUGAACGGCGCCAACUUUGGUGACAUUGCUGGCGGCAACUCCUCCGAGAACAAGAAGAAGAAGAAGGGUGUACCAUUUGGUGAGAAUGGUGACAACAUUGUCGGCAGCAGCUCCACCGGGAAGAAGGGUGCUGCGGUUGAUGAGGCCGGGUCGAUUGUCGAUGCAGAUGGCGCUGGGGGGAGCCACGGCAAGUCAGUGCGGUCGGCCAUGACAGUGAGCAGCGAGUCCUUCUCGCCGUUGCACAAUGGGGAGAGAGAUGUCGUGGAGGCGAUGGAGGAGGUCAAGGAGCGAUUCGAGGAGGCGCUGCAUUGCGGCGAUGAGGUCUCCAGGAUGCUCGAGGUGGGGAAGGUGCCUCACCGGACGGCGCCUAAAGUUCUUAGAUAUUUCUCCUCCAGGGUGAUGGAGCCUAUGUCGCUUAGUGUGCCGUCCUCUUCUUACUGCGUUCCAAAGCGGGAAAGGCGCUCAAGGUUACCGAGCACUUCAGCUUCAUCGGCCAAUGGCGGAGGAAAUCGCAACGGAAGUCUCUGUUCAACUCUGGAGAAGCUCUGUGUAUGGGAAAAGAAGCUAUAUCAGGAGGUUAAGGAUGAAGAGAAGCUGAGGACUCUGUAUGAAAAGAAGUACAACAGGCUGAAGUCGCUAGACGAACAAGGGGCAGAGCCGGAUGCGAUAGAGACGGCCAGAUCGUCGGUGCGGGACUUGCGGUCGAAGAUCACCAUCAACAUCAAAACAGCCAAGGCUUUCUCGUCGAAGAUAGAGAAAAUUCGGGACGAAGAACUGUACCCUCAGCUCGUUGAUCUUAUCCAGGGAUUGCGGAGGAUGUGGAAAGCAGUUCUGGAAUGCCAUGAGAAGCAGCUGUCGGCCAUAAGGGACAGCAGGCUGCACCUGCUCAAGGCGAGGACCGUGAGCCAAUCCGCCGCCGCCACAUUGGCCACGCUGGAGCUGGAGAGGGAGCUCACGAAAUGGUACCGCUGCUUCAACAAGUGGACCAGCUCGCAGAGGUCUUAUGUGGAGGCACUGAAUGGAUGGCUGAGGAGAUGGUUCCCGGAGGUGCAGGACGAGCAAGACGCGCCGGACGGCGCCCCGCCUUUCUCCCCGGGCAAGCUCGGCGCCCGGCCGAUAUUCAUCGUGUCGAACGACUGGUUCCGGGCCAUCGAUCUGGUGCCCAAGAGCGACGCGCUGAAGUCGAUCGACUACUUCUACAAGCUCGUCCAUGAGCUCAGGAAGAGGCAGGAGGACGAGGACCGGCAGAAGAGGAAGGUCGACCACGCCUCCAGGGACUACAACAAAAGGCGCGAGGCCCUGCAGCGAGAGCUUGGCCCGGGCACGGGCACCGACAUGGUCACCCUCCCGGAGAACCGUGGUGAUCACACCGUCGAUCUGCACAAGAUGAGGAGGAAACUGGACAACGAGAUGGCCAAGCACGACGAGGUGGUGAGGCAUGUCCAUUUUGCGGCGUCGGCCACUCUGCCGGUCGGCUUCGUCCCCGCGCUGGAGCAGAUCGUCGGCUUCUUCCAUGGCAACCUGCAGGUCUACGCGCGCAUCAGGACCAACGGCGCCGGAGCUCACGGGGCGCCUACAGAGGUUCGCCGGCCACACCUUGGCUGAUGGCAUUGUUUUAGCAGACAGUUUUGUUGUGACUGGGGUGGUAGAGGAGGAGAGGGGGUAGUGCUGGAGAGAGAUUUUGUGUAUAGAUGAUCAUUGGUUCAUUCUGGGGAUUAGGCCUUAGUUCCUACGAACGAUUAUGGUGGUAGAUUAGAUAGAAUGUUAGUGUUUUGCAGAGGUUUUUACUGAUGGUGCCUGGCUCACCCAUUGCUCAGUUAGAGGGAAGCUGCAAAUGUUUCAGUGGUGCUCCAACUCCAAUUAAUACUGUACAUCGUUACAUGAUACUUCAUCAACUUACUAAUCGAUCUUCAUCUCA